ACGCCCAUUACUUCCAUUUUAGCCAUGUGGCUAUGACCACAAACGACUGCACAAUCGAUCCGUUUGUUUAUACAUUGUAACUAAUAUUGUGCAUGUUCAGACCGCGAGCAAAAUGUCCGAGUCCGUGUCCAGGUUUCAAGCUGAGGUGGCGGCCGUUAUGGAGGUGUUACUGAAGGUGGCCGUCGUGGAGAUAACGAAAGUUUUCGAAGGACGCGCAUUGGAUUGCCAUGGCUGCACGGUCGAUAGAGAAGCUCAGAUCAAGGAAAAUCUAGUGUGUGUCCCUGACAUCAGGGCUCAUAUGGAAAGUGCAUUGACUAAUCUCUCUGACAAGAUGGUUUGUAGCGUCGGUGUGCAAGUAGGAGAGACACUGCUGUCCCACCACCAGGAUCAGUGCACGUCCACUGAGAGAGACGAGAUUUUUCUGCAGGAAUCCAAAGGAGAGGAGGGGCUUUCUCCCUCUGAAGCUCUCUGCGAAGAGUCUCCAGAAGCUGUGGAUUUGCAAUGCAUGGUUGACCUUCCAUGCACUAUCUUCAAAGAAACUGGGAUUGGUGGAGGAGACGGCUUAAUUCAUGAAGUCCCAUGGACAGAUGACUUAAAGACACCAGAGAUAAUUCAGGAAAAUGGUCUUCAGGGACUUGAGGAAUCCUCUUCACACUCUGUAGUCGAUCCAGAGUCUCAUCCGUUCAGCUCUGUUUUAGGUAGCAUUCCCAGUGCAGACCUUUCUACCGACACUAUGAUCCAGUGGGACCUUGGCCUUAUGGAAGUCAGUUCUUUGCCAUCUGUUGAAAAGUCACCUCUCACAGAACCUCCGCAGUCCAGCAAAACCCCAGCGGAGGCCACUGAACUCAGCCAGGCAUCAGGUAACAGUGCUGAGAAUGCCAAGAAGGUGUGUUUCCAGCUAAGCCAAACGCCGUUCGAUUGCAAACUGUUACGGCCUUGCUCUGUGCAGCUUGUGAAUCUCCUGAUGCUGUCAAGUGCACAAAGGCCAAACGGGUCCAACAGAAAAUGCUUCUCUACACCCAAAGACCUGCGAACCCAUCAGGGUGUCCAUACGGGACGUCGGCUGUGCUGCUUUAAAGAUUGCGGGAAUGGCAUUUGGCGCCUGCAGGGUGUUCUCACACACGGACAUGCUUAUGCCUGCAAGAUCUGCGACAAGAAGUUCAAACGCAAGAAGAUCCUGAAGCGACAUGAGCGAUUUCAUACAGGCGAAAAGCCGUAUUCGUGCAGGAGGUGUAAAAAGACAUUUGCCCUGAGGAAAAGCUUGCGAAGACACGAGCGCUUCCACACUGGAGAGAGACCUCACGUCUGCCCGCACUGCAGGAAAGGCUUCCGUCUCAAAAACAAUUUGAAGGCUCAUCUGCGCUUUCACACAGGUGAAAAGCCCUUCAUUUGUAACCUGUGUGCAAAGGGUUUUAGGAUCCACAAGAACCUUGAGAAGCACAGGCUCACUCACGCGGCGCCAGUUAGCUUUCGAACUCUUCAAUAAAUGACAAACGUUGUGUGUGACCUAAACCAAAGGCCACAUUUCUACCUCACAUCAGAACCACUGUAUCCAGGUGGUAAAUAUAGCACACAAUGGCAGUAAGAACGUCAGGGCAACUCAUUUUGUGUUCACUUUUUCUCCGUUAUGUCAUGUUGCAAAUGUUUCUGGACAGUUUUCUUCUAUUGUAAUCUCUGCCCCCGACUGCAUCUGUGCUAAUACUAUACAAACGUUUUAUUCUUCAUUAGGAUCUUGCCCCUAAGUGUAAAGUGUAACACAUACAGGGCUUUAGAGGGCGCAGUCAUGCAGUCCAAUACAAGUAUGACUGAUUCUUGCUUGAUGUAAAUACUAAAAUCAUAGUUCUAGGAUGGUUUUAAACUCUUUAUUUUUCAACGAAUGACUUUAUCUUCUGUCAUAACACUUUUAACAACCUAAACCUUUUAACUUGCUUGUCUGGACCCAUUCAAGUUAAUGUGUGGUUGAACACUGGAGACGAUUGGAUGCUGCAGGAUUCACAGGGCUUUAUAUGUCUUUGUAAUCCUUUUUGAAGUGAUUUGUACUUUACAGAGAUUUUUAAAACUUCACUUUCUUAGCACGCUUUGUUCACUUUAAGCUGAUUUAAAAAAAAAUGCUGUAACACUACUGCU